UUGUUGACGUCGUACACAACAAAUAAUAAAAGUCCACACUUGCUGAAUUAGUUUGAAAGCGAAUUGCUUCAAACUUUAGAAACUUAUUUUACCCGUCUGGUUUAUAAUAAAUAAGACAGUAUUAGAAUGUCGGCUCUGUUAAUGGUGUUAGCGGGCGCUGUCACUGCGUAUGUAGUGAUUUACUACGGCGUGUUCAGUAGAUCCAGGUGCAGGAGCAAAGCGACGCUGCAGGGGAAAACAGCGAUAGUCACAGGAAGUAACACUGGCAUCGGGAAGGCCACAGCUCUGGAUUUGGCUAAACGAGGAGCCCGGGUGAUUCUCGCCUGCAGAAACAAACAGAAAGCCGAGGCUGCGGUGUUCGACAUCAGGAGGGAGAGCGGGAACACGGCGGUGCUGUUCAUGCCUCUGGACCUGGCCAGUCUGAAGUCUGUGCGCACUUUCGCCGAGACCUUUCUGAAGACUGAACCCAGACUUGACCUGCUCAUCAACAAUGCAGGCCUGAUGGGACCAGGCAGGACUGAGGAUGGCUUUGGCAUCGCAUUUGGGGUCAACCACCUGGGCCACUUCUUGUUGACCCUGCUGCUGCUGGACCGGCUGAAGGCAUCAGGGCAGAGUAGAAUCGUAAACGUGUCGGCCCUGCUGCAUCGCCUGGGCUCUGUGGACUUCAACACACUCAACACACACAAGGACCUGGUAACCGGACAGUCCAGCUGGCACUGCUUCAAGGCCUACUGCCACAGCAAGCUCUGCAAUGUGCUCUUCACCCGGGAGCUCGCCAACCGUCUAGAGGGGACCGGCGUCACCUGUUACAGCCUGCAUCCAGGAGUGAUUCAUACAGAUUUUGGUCGCAAUAUGGGCCAGUGGCUGAGGCUGAUGAUGCUGCCGUUCGCCAAGAUCUUCUUCCUGAGCACAGAGGAAGGAGCUCAGACCACGCUGCACUGUGCACUUCAGGAAGGCCUGGAGCCUUUGAGUGGACGUUACUUCUCCUCCUGUGGACUGCAGGAGGUCAGUGCAGCCGGACGGGACGAUGCACUGGCCAGAAAACUGUGGGAAGUGAGCGAGAGGUUGUGUGGUGUGUCGUAAGAGUACUGCAUAAAUUUACUGCAUUAAAGGGAAUAAUAGUGAAUGUCUUCUAAGAAAUGAAUGCCUUUUUUAUGAAUGUAAUCUACUCUUUUCUACUAAUUAAGCUUAAACCUACAUAGUAGCAAGAAUAUCAUAAUAAACUUGAUAUUAAGUAAAUUCAUAAUUACACUUUUUAACUUAAAUUAGCUUGGUAAAGGGGCGCCGAGUGGUCCAGCGGUCUAAAGCGCUGCCACUAUGAGCAGGAGGUCGCCGGUUCGAACCCCAGCUCAUGCAGCUUUGCCAUCAAGCUGCCGGCGUUAGAGGGAGCAAAAUUGGCCCUGCUCCCUCCGGGUGGGUAGAUGGCGCUCUUUCCCCACAUCACUCCUAUGGUGAUGUCUGCAGCACAGGGCGUCUGUGAGCUGAUGUACCAGAGCCGAGCCGCUGUGCUUUCCUCCAAGCUCGCUGGCUGCUCGGCAAUGCUGCAUCGGCAGCAGCUCGAAAAGAAGCGGUGGCUGAUUUCACAUGUAUCGGAGGAAGCAUGUGUUAGUCUUCACCCUCCUGGUGUGUUGAGGUAUCACUAGUGAUAGGGGGAGUCCUAAUGAAUGGGUUGGGUAAUUGGCCGUGUAAAUUGGGGAGAAAAUGGGAAAAAUUAGAAAUAAAAUUAUAAAAAAAAAAAAAAAA